UUUAUAACCUCUCUUCUCACCGUUCCCGCUUUCUCUCCCCACUUCGGCUCCGUUCCGUUUUUCUCACUUCCUUUCUCUCUGUUUCUCUCUCGCUCUCUGUCUCCGCUGUUGUUUGAAAUUCCGAUUCAUUUCUUCCUUGUCUCGCCGUGAAAGGAGGAUUUGAUUUGAUCUGUUAGGUGAGGAAGGCAGUCCUUACGGUAUUCGGAGAGGACAAUUCGUUGUGGAAUCGUUUUGGAAAAAGGUUUUGUUAGUUCCGGCAGUGAAGAGUAUCUUGAAUUUGGAUCGGUGUUUGGUUUUUAAUGGCGUCGUCUAUGAUUCUAAAUCCUGUGGCGAGUUCUGAGCGAUCGCGUGAUUCGUCCAGAAAGAAGAAGAAGAAGAAAGCGGCGAGGGAAAAUGAUCGUCAAGGUCAGGAUCACAUCCAGUGGAAAUCACAAGCUCAGCAUCAAGUUUACUCCUCGAAGCUGUUGCGCGCCUUGAGUCAGGUCAGGAUCAGUUCUUCCGAGUCGGCACCAAACGAGACUCCGCGCCGCGGCCGAGCUGUGCGGGAGGCGUCUGAUACAGUUCUGGCCAUGACGGCGAAAGGAAGAAGUAGGUGGAGCAGAGCAAUCUUGACGAACCGUCUCAAACUCAAGUUUCGAAAGCACAACCGGCAGAAGGCUCAUGCGACUGGAAACAGCCGAACGAAGAAGCCGCGAGUUAGCGUUUUCCGGUUGAGAGGGAAGGGAUUACCAACUAUACAGAGUAAAGCUCGGCUUCUCGGCCGGCUGGUUCCCGGAUGCAGAAAGCAACCGCUGCCGGUGAUUCUGGAUGAAGUAACCGAUUACAUACCCGCUCUGGAAAUGCAGAUCCGAGUCAUGAGCGCCAUAGUCAACUUGGUUUCAAGCUCUUCUUCUUCUUCUUCUUCUUCUUCUUCCGCCGCUGUCGUCACUGACAGAAGAGGAAUUCCGGCGGCUCAGUUUGUGGAGGACGUUCGUACCUAUCUCUCUCAAUUAGAACUUGAUGUUCAAUCCGCCCUUGCUUUUCUCCAAGAGCGACUUCAGCAGUACAAGUUAGUUGAGAUGAAGCUCCUUGCUCAACAAAGGGACCUGCAGGCAAAGAUUCCAGACAUAAAGAAGUGUUUGGAUAUAGUUGCUACUUUACAAGCAAAGAAGGAUGCAGCCACUGGUGAGCCACUUGUAGCAGAUUUCGAGAUCUCUGAAGGCAUAUAUUCCCGGGCUCGUAUCGAGGAAACUGACUCAGUUUGUCUGUGGCUUGGUGCAAAUGUCAUGCUGGAUUAUUCAUGUGAAGAGGCCACAGCCCUCCUACAGAAGAAUCUAGAUAAUGCUAAAGCAAGCUUAGAAGUUCUUGUUGCCGAUCUACAGUUUCUGAGGGACCAGGUGACAAUAACUCAGGUGACGAUAGCCCGGGUUUACAACUGGGACGUUCAUCAGCGUCGAAUUCAGCUGGCUGGCGCCAGUGUAGAAGAUUCAUAAGUUCUCUUACGACCCUCCGAAAUUUCAUUGUUGGCAAAGAAUCCAUUUCCUGAUUGCCAGUCCCAUCCUGUUCCAUACCUUUUGAAUUUAGGCCAUUCAAAAUUUCCUUUUGUUGUCAUUGUCAAAAAAAAAAAAAAAAAAAAAAAAAA